AUGUCGGAGCCAUCGCCUGAAAGUGACGGGGAACAAAGGUGUCUGAACUCAGAGCUAUGGCAUGCAUGCGCAGGGCCCCUUGUGUCCCUGCCUGUGGUUGGGAGCCGGGUCGUCUACUUUCCUCAGGGCCAUAGUGAGCAGGUUGCUGCAUCAACUAAUAAAGAAGUUGAUGCUCAGAUCCCAAACUACCCAAAUCUACCUCCACAGUUAAUCUGCCAGCUUCAUAAUGUCACAAUGCAUGCUGAUGCGGAGACGGAAGAGGUUUAUGCCCAGAUGACACUGCAACCAUUGAGCCCGGAAGAACAAAAGGAACCUUUUCUUUCAAUCGAAUUGGGUGCUGGUAGCAAGCAGCCAACUAAUUACUUCUGCAAGACGUUGACUGCAAGUGAUACGAGUACCCAUGGUGGAUUCUCAGUUCCGCGCCGAGCAGCUGAGAAAGUCUUCCCCCCAUUGGAUUUUUCACAACAGCCUCCAGUGCAAGAGCUGGUUGCAAGAGAUCUGCAUGAUAAUGAAUGGAAAUUUCGCCACAUUUUUCGUGGUCAGCCAAAAAGGCAUCUACUGACGACUGGUUGGAGUGUUUUUGUAAGCGCAAAAAGACUAGUAGCAGGGGAUUCUAUCAUAUUUAUCUGGAAUGAUAAUAACCAACUUCUCUUGGGAAUUCGUCGUGCAAAUCGUCCACAGACUGUAAUGCCCUCUUCUGUGCUAUCAAGCGAUAGCAUGCACAUUGGUCUUCUUGCUGCAGCAGCUCAUGCUGCAGCCACAAACAGUCGUUUCACUAUUUUCUACAACCCCCGGGCUAGCCCUUCUGAGUUUGUCAUUCCACUGGCUAAGUAUGUGAAAGCUGUUUACCACACGCGUGUGUCUGUUGGAAUGCGGUUUCGGAUGCUUUUUGAGACAGAGGAAUCAAGUGUCAGACGUUAUAUGGGUACAAUAACAGGCAUAAGCAAUCUGGACUCAGAGCGUUGGCCAAACUCACACUGGCGUUCUGUGAAGGUUGGUUGGGAUGAGUCUACAGCUGGUUAUAAACAGCCAAGAGUUUCACUCUGGGAGAUUGAGCCACUGACUACCUUUCCGAUGUACCCAACUGCCUUUCCAUUAAGGCUAAAGCGUCCGUGGGCUUCAGGACUACCUAUGUUCAAUGGUGGGAGGAGCGAUGAGUUCGCUCGUUAUUCUUCUCUCAUGUGGCUUCGAGAUGGAAACAGAGGGGCUCAGUCAUUGAACUUCCAGGGAUUUGGAGCAUCACCAUGGCUUCAGCCAAGAAUAGAUUAUCCAUUGUUGGGUCUGAAGCCAGAUACUUACCAGCAGAUGGCUGCUGCCGCACUGGAAGAAAUUAGAGCUGGCGAUCAUUUGAAGCAGACAUCUCUCCUGCCAGUCCAACAAACUCAAAAUUUGAAUGGCGGAUUAGAUCCUUUGUAUGGAAAUCCUGUUCUACAGCAGAUGCAGUUCCAAUCUCAGCAGUCACCCCUGCAAGCUGUGCAGCAAGGUUAUGGUCAGAAUGCAAGCGACUCUGGGUUCCUUCAAAAUCAGCUGCAGCUGCAAAAGCAGCAGGAGCCACCACCACCGCCGCAGCAGCAGCAGCAGCAGACACAAGUUCUGCAGCAACAAUCGCAUCAGGAAAUGCAACAGCACCUCUCAGCUAGUUGUCAUGAUAUUGCUAAUGUAGCUUCUGGUGUGUCCGAGUCUGGAUCUGCUUGUCAAUCACAAUCUUCUUUGCUUUCUGGGUCAUCGUUCUACCAACAGAACAUCUUUGAUGGAAACAAUGGUCCAGAUCUGCAUCUGCACAACAGUUUCCACAACUUUUCAAGCCAAGAAUCCUCCAACCUUCUUAAUCUCCCAAGAAAUGGCCAAUUAAUGGCAUCAGAGGGAUGGCCUUCAAAGAGGUUGGCUGUGGAAUCUCUUGCUAGUCAUGAGCUCCAACCUGUACAGCACAAGCUUGAGAAAGCGAAUCACCAGAGUAAUGUAUCUCACGUUUCUGGCACCUUGCCGCCACUGUCAGCAAGAGACGGUUCUAGUGCCCAGGCUUGUGGUACAAAUGUUCAGAGUCACCUGCUUUCAUCAUCAUUUGCAAUCCAUGAUGGCUUGUCAACCGUCAGGAGUGGUGGUGUUGGCAGUGGAACUGAUGCGACAACCAUAGCUUCGUUGAGAUAUGGGGAUAUGAAUUUGCUACCUGAAAACUCCAUAGCAACUUCCAGUUGUUUGGGUGAAUCAGGAACCUUCAAUUCUCUUGACGAUGUUUGUGGUGUAAACCCAUCACAAGGUGGAACCUUCGUGAAGGUUUACAAAUCAGGGUCCCUCGGGAGAUCGCUCGAUAUCACCAGAUUCAGCAGCUACUACGAGUUACGUAGCGAGCUCGAGCGGUUAUUUGGUCUUGAAGGCCAAUUGGAGGACCCUCGUGAUCAUCGUUGGACCCCAUGUUUUUCCAGGGAGUUUGUGAAUAGCGUAUGGUGCAUAAAGAUCCUCUCGCCACAAGAUGUGCAGCAGAUGGUCCGCGGCGGAGGCGACCUGUCUACACCUGGAGCGAGGAUGCUGCAGAGCAGUGUCUGCGAUGACUAUUCUGGAAGCCACGACAUGCAGAACCUCACCGGCAGCAUUGCACCUGUGGUGCCUCUGGACUACUGA